GUUAAAGUGUACCAGCCAGUGGAGGUCGCUGUAUAAUGGAUUUUACAUACACCGAAAAAACACGGUAAACCUGUUCAGUCACAUAAACAGUCAAUGAUGCGCAGUUCCCCAAAGUGACUGUGAUGGGGAAAUAAAUAAGCACGUGUUCUGGGUUUCAGAGUUAUUAUAUUUUUACACUUCAUAAAUACCUCUUUAUGUAAUAAUACCUCUUUAAAUAUCAAAAAUUUAGAAUGGCUGUACAUAAACCGUGCAAAAUGAGCUGCGUUUCCUUGUUGAUCUCUCUGUUCGCCUUCAGUUGUGUUUUAAAAGAAGUCUCGAGUCAGUGGCUUAGCAGAAAAACGUUUACAUUUACCAAGUUCAAUCGCUUUUCUUGGGAGAAGUGUGGAAACCCAGAUGCGCCUUUUCAUUGGAAGACUCUUCAUGUAUAUCCAAACGCAAUACCUUCACCUGGAAUUGUGUUAGGCACUGCUUCAGCAUCUAUAGCGGUUGAUUUGACCUCUCCUUUACCUGUCAACUUGACAUUGGAAAAAGAAGUAGCUGGUGCUUGGGUAAAAAUACCUUGUGUUAAUGGUGUAGGAAGUUGUUAUUAUCCUGAUGCAUGUGACCAGCUGGCCGAGGUUAUGUCAAUGUUCUCACUGUGUCCUGAACAUUUACGUUUAAACAGAUCCUCCUGCCGAUGUCCAUUCAAAGCUGGUGACUACAACUGGCCAACGUCUGACUCUGGUAUCUACAUACCAAAUUUUUCACUGUCUGACACAAUUACCAAUUUCAGAUUGCAUGUAAUUUUAGGAAGCACUGAAAAAGAGCUGGGAUGCUUUAAAGUCAAAUUCUCAUUGGCAACAUCCCUAAAAUUUCAACACCAUGAACUGUAGUAGUUACCGUUCAGUUUUUUUAUUGUUGUUGGUUUUUUUUUUUUUUGUCUUCUGAGAAAUUGAAAAAUGCUAAAUGUUCUAUGAGCUAAUUAAAAAAAUACAAAUCUUAAAGUCUUAAAUUCAUAUUUUAAAAAGUCUAUUAAAUAAAUAUUUACUUUAAAAGUCUGUGAAUUGGUUCAAAUGAUCAGAUCAGCUCAAUUUAAAGGAUUAUACAGUAUUUAAUACAUUUUGGGGACAUUUUAUUGAUACUGAAUGUAAAAUCACUAUGAUUACUAAAUGCACUUAUGUUGCUCGGUGGGUAAAUGAAGCUGGUUUAGGUUCCCUUUUUUGCUGUUGUUAAAUCUUCAAAUCAAUAAAACAGUUAAUUGCUUGUUUAAUAGAUUUGGUCAGUGAGCCAAUGUUAGAAACAAAACAUUCUAAAUAAAAAUGUUAAUGUUACCCUCUGCCUUUCAGGUGUAACCAAAAGAUGAAAUCUAUGCAAACAUGAAUUAGAUUUAAAUGAGGAAGUUGCUUGGACUAUUUUUAUUCUGCUUUUUUAUACUUUAGUAGCCUCUGAUCUCUGAAUAAUUGUGUUUUGGCGUGCCCAAAAUGUUUAGAUUUUUACAGAAAGAAAAAAUCCUCUAUGUUAAUUUGGUCUUUGCUAGACUUUUAACUUGUUUAGUUUGUCAGUCCCUCCAGCAUUUCUGCCGCAUAAAGUAACUUAGCAGUGCAGUGGCUUUUCUUAAAAUCUUCUGGAAUAUUAAUGAUAUUUGUUGUGUUACAUUGCUGUGAAAACAUACAGGCAACAGUAUGGUCAAAUUUGUACAAAUGGGCUUUGUAUUUAUAUAAUGAAAACAUUGAGAGAAUCAAAAAGAGAAACAUGUUUACCUUAUAGCAAUAAAGCCUGUAUCAUAUUUGAUGCA